UGAACAAAUUUCGUUCUUGGCCAUUUUACUGAGGCAGAAAAGGACGUUGUGGAGUCCCACAGGUCUUCUCCUCCAGGGAACCUCUCUUCAUUUCAGCCAUCAUGUGUGAUAAUCCCAGGGUGUACCAGGGCGUCCGAGUGAAGACCACGGUCAAAGAGCUGCUGCAGAGGCUCAGAGCCCGGGAGGCAAACAGUAAAACAGUGAAAACGAUUGUAUCCCAGGCAUGCUCGGAUCUUCAGGAUCUUUGCGCGUCCACUUUUCCAAGUCGCUAUGUGGACCCUCCUCCUCCUCCUCCUGCCAUUUCGCCAGCGGACUCGAGCAGCUGUGGCGCGCGAGGCUUACAGCUGCGCGCCGCCUCGUUCCCAGUCGCUGACAGCUCGUGCAACAUGCAGGAGAGCGCCUUCCACGACAUCCAGCAGCAGUUCGGGGACAUGAUGUUGCCAAGCAACGGCUACAGUGGCAACAACAACAACACCACCGGCAGCGCGAGCAGCUACAAUACCUCCCUGCCCCCCCCUCCCAGCUUCCCGCUGCCAUGGUGCCAUGGACUCUCCUCUGACGCGGACUACUAUGGCCAUGGGAUGGCUCCCUGUUCCUCGCCUGAGUCGCUGCAGCUCUGCAACCCCAUGGAUCACAACAGCUACUCGCCGCAGGACUCUUUCUCCUCCUCCUCCUCCUCCUGCUACGACUCACCCACCAGGAUGGAGUCCAGCUACUACGGCUUCCCCUCAGAGCACUACCACUAUCAGCACUGCAACCUCCAGGACUGUCACUGCCUGUCCCACUGCUGGCCAGGCCAGCAGGAGAGCUUCUCUGCCCCUGAAUAUGCACCUUACUACAACCCCACAGACUAUCCAUACACCUGUCCCGUGGUGGAAGAGAACUAUUUCAAGAGGGAUUUGCAGAUGAGCUCCGAAAUGUGUUACAAUGUACUAUGAUGAGACCUUCAGCAGUAUCGUUUUGUCUCUCUUGACUGUAAAGAUUCUUCUGUUCAAGUCUUCAGUGAGGCUGUGUGCUUGAUGGUCUGCUUUGCGUUUUCACUGUGUGGCUUCUGCUUUGGUGGAAUGAAUAUAAUGAAUGCUGAAUGGAUGGAAAGGCUGAUAUUUUUGUAUCAAUUACUCUUUUUUUUACUACUAAAAUUUAUUUUCAUACAUAUAACUUGUUGCGGCACUAAAUAAAAAUGUGUUAAAUCAA